AUAGUAUGAUGCUUAAUGAUAUGAUAUGAUACAAUAGAUGUUUAAAAAAAGGGUGUUGUAUGUAUAUUGGUGUAUACUGAACAUGGAAUUAUUACCGCCCGUUGCGUAAUACACAGGAUUUUAGUUAGCAUGAAUACUAAAUGAUACCUGUUCAAUUUAAUCAAAAUACGGAUAGCUUUGUUCUAAUUUACAAUGUUUUAGUGAACUUUUAUUUCAAGUAAAACCAUUCGCCAUUGGGCUGCCUAUGGAUUGGUGUGGUGUUUUGUAACUUUGGUUAUCAAUACCCUGAUGUUCUUCAGUAUAAACUGCAAAUUUUACAGACUGCAAUCGCAGUGUUGGAAAUAUAUAAAGACAGUAUAUUUGUUGUUGCCUCUUGGUGUAGUCGUAAGGAAUGUGUAGCUAUAUCAUAGUAUAUACAAUGGUAUAACAGUUUACCUGGUCAACUUAAGUGGUUCAAGCUACUUGCUCUUCAAAAUAAAUUGUAACAAAAAGAGAUACAACUUAUAGGAGACCAAAUAGCUGAGCCUGGUGAAGGCAAUGUGAUAAAAAGAGCAUUUUAGUGCUUAAAAAUUUCAACAUUUCUGCAAUCUGAUUCACAGUUUACAUAAACAGUUGAAAUAAUGCCUGGAACAAAGAUUGCAAAUGAAGAUCGACAGACAAUCAAUCAAAAAUUGAUUUGCUCCUAUUGCAAUUUGCUAUUGUCAACUCCAAUGCAGAGUGCCUGUGGUCAUUUCAUGUGUUCCUCAUGUGUUGACACUAUUCUAGUGAGCUCAGACGCAAGAUGCCCUGUUGAUGGCACAGAAUUGAAUGUAAAUAUAUUUCCCGAUACAUACACUGAACGUGAAAUACAAGCAUUGUCCUUACAUUGUCCCAAUGAAGGCUGUGUUUGGCAUGGCACGUAUGCUGAACUGAAGCUGCAUUCUGAAGAGUGUGAACAUGCUCUGAUGAGAAACUGUGUUAAUUCAAAAUGCAAGAUGGAAGUGAGAUUCCCUCAGUUGAAUGACCAUUUGACAAGCGAAUGUGAAUAUCGGAAAGUGAAGUGUAAUUACUGCCAGAAAGAUGGUACAUUUGCUUCUAUUAGGGAUCAUGUUAGUAAAGACUGUGCCAAAGCACCUAUCACUUGUGAGUUCUGCAGACAGAAAUUUGUAAGAAAGGACAUUGAAAGGCACAAAGAAUCAUGUGGGGAUGUCAUAGUCGAAUGUGAAUACCAGGCCGUGGGUUGUAAUGAAAGGACUUUAAAACGAAGAGAACUAGGCCAGCAUUCGAAUGAUGGCUUUCUGGGCCACCUCCAUCUUUUGUUCCUGUUUGUUUGUGAUUUGGUUUCAAAACUGGCGACCUACGUCCCCCGACUAGAAUUUACACAAACAAUACAAAUUCUCCGUGACGAAAUGGCCGACGUUCGCUCAGGUUUAUUUGCAAGAUGGAACAUCACUGGCGAGCAGCCUAUCAUCAGCUACAAUGGAACCUUGAUAUGGAGGAUUGAAGGUUAUGAGAAGAAGCGUCAGGCUGCUGUCAGAGGAUUGAUGCCAGCCUUGUAUAGUCAACAUUUCUACAGUGCUCAGGACGGGUAUAAGAUGUGUGCAAAGCUGUACAUGAACGGAGAUGGAUUUGGAAAAGGGACGCAUUUAUCCUUGUACUUUAUCGUGAUGAAAGGUGAAUAUGACUCCCUUCAAACCUGGCCAUUUCAGAAGAAGAUUACGAUGAUGCUCAUGGAUCAAGGUAACGGUGACCACAUGGUCGAGGCGUUUCACUCUGAUCCUCAAAGUUCGUCUUUCCUACGCCCCCGAUCUAACAUGAAUAUUCCAUCAGGUUCACCGCUUUUCAUGCCAAUUGAGGAUUUAGGUAAUCGUGAGUAUAUCAAAGACGAUGUCAUGUUCAUUAAGAUUAUUGUGGACUAGGGUAAGACCAGGGGUGGCAGAACAUAUUUUGUUUUAGGUGGGGCUAAAUUUUAAAAAUAUCAUUUUGUCCAGUCAUAUAGCCAGUCUGACGAUGUAGACACCCUAUGCUGUAAUAAUUUGGUGUUCAUUGACUUUGAAAGACUAUUUGGUGUGCAUAGACUUCAAAACCGAAAUAAAUCAUUAUAAUGGCCUAUAGAAUUUGCAUCAAGCUGGACUAAAGGCGCUGUUUCAUUAUGCAAUUCUCCUUGCAACUUGAAAUGCAAUUAUAAUUUUUGAGGGAUGUAAUUUUGUAAAUUGUGUUCGAAAUGUAUCGAAACGAAUCGUAAGAAAUGUUCGUAUUUGACAACUUUAGAUACCUCACGAGUAGAAUUGCAUUCAAGUUGCAAGGAAUGUUUCAUGACUUGUAACAUCGCCUUAAAUUGUCAGGCUGGUUACGCUACUGGCUUUGUCUGACCCGCCAUAGCAUGGUUAAAAAACAGAAAUAUGAAUGUUGUCUUUACUCCAGGUUAAACAUGUUCUAUUAUAAAUUUUUCACUUGUUUAGGCCUCCAAAGAUUGCGCUGGUAAAUUAAUGAAUAUUUUUAUGGUUAAGGUUUUAUUUAAUAAUUUGUGAGGAAUUAGCAGUAUGAGACAUGUAAAAUCCUGAAAGUUCCUUCCUGUUGCUCAAAAAAGCAAAAAGUAACUCCAGGUUGCUCGAAACCACAACAGUCGGUCAAAUAAUAUUUUCAAAAGUUUCCAAGCACAAUCUAUAGGGGCAUAUACACUUGUUUGUGCCAUUUGUCCGUAUAAAAUUCAAAAUUGUUACAUGUUUUUUUACAUUCUCCCCUCUGCUUUGCCUCCACCAUUUACUUUGUUCCGCCUCCCAUGGGCGUCGAUCGAACGUUUAGGGGGACUCUUAUUCCAUAAUUUAUUUGCAUAUAGCUUUCCUCGCACAGGGAUGGGAUUGGCGAGCAGAGCGAAACAAGGAACUUUUAAAAAGAAUGUACAAUUAAUAAUGAACUCGACCCCAUAGCGAAACACUUUUCUAAGGAAAUUUCUUUAGAAAUGGAAACCCUUGGCUGAUUCCUAUAGAAAGUUAAAUUUUGUUCGAGAGAAAUUAGACGAGCAGAAUAUAUGAAUAUGGUCCCCCUCAAUUAACGUUCGAUUGACGCGAAUGCCGCUUCCACUGGAUGAAGCGAUAAACUAGUGCAGCUCUCUGCAGCUCUAAUAUAAUCUCGUGAUCUAUACAAUUGAUAGUAUGAAACUUAAAGUCCCGGGCCGGUUGUAUCAAAAGGUCGUUAUCUUUAACUAUGAUAUUAUCUUUAGCUAAUCGCUGAUCACUGUAGUUAAAUCCUUAACUAUGAUUAGUUAACUACACGAUUUAACUGCGUUGCACAAAACGUAGUUUGUCGGAUGAAAAACUAAUCGCGUGGUUAACUUGUGUGGAGCUUGCGUGCAUGGGAGUGUUAAACAGAACAAUAACAUGAAGUUUCCUUAUAAUAUUGACUGCUGCUAUAGAUUUUGAACAAGACUACAAAAAUUGACUGUAUUUCGAUCGAAAAUAUUAUUAAAAAAUGCAAUAAAACCAGGAAAAAGUUUAAAAAAACGCGAAAAUAAUUCAAGGAAAAGGCGCUAUGAUAUAUAAAAAGGUCCUUUUGAGUCAAACAACAGGUUGCAGAUGAAAAUGGAGUCUUUGCUGUCAACCGGCGUCUUUCGAAGCAAAAAUGCGGUCUGUUGCUGCCUAAAUUACGAAAAUUAAAGUAUGUUGAAAGUUUACAAGCUUCGAAGGGGUCUUUCUGAGUGGAUAACGGUUGAAAACCUUGUUAUGUGUUGAUUUUAAUCUUUUCACACUCCUGAAAAGUUCAACACGCCAUUUUUAACUAUGUUUUCGAUGCCCUUAAGGAUAGUUAACUUUAACUAGACUUUAACUACAGGGUGUAUAAAAAAAAACGCAACACUUGAUAUUCAUGAAUAUCCUCU